AUGCUCGCGCUGCAGAGGCUGCCCGACAUGAUGCUCGCGCUGCUAUACAUCGCCGCUACCGCGCACGCCCUCGCGCCGACGGCGGUCCCGACGCGCGUCGACGUCGCCAUCGCCGGCGGCGGCCUCGGCGGCCUCGCGGCCUGCGCGGCCAUGCGCGCGCGGGGCAUCGACGCGCACUGCUUCGAGGCCGCGGGCGAGCUCCUCCGCGGCAGCACGGGCACGGGCAUCAUGAUCUCCGCCAACGGCAUGUCCGCGCUCGGCGCCGUCGACAGACGGCUGCCCGCGGCGAUGCGCGCGCGCGGCGUCCGCAUCACGUCCCAGAAAAUCACGAAAUACGGCGCCGACGGCGCCGAGGAGAAGAGCGUGUCCAUGGACGCGACGACCUUCAAGGACACCUUCGGCCACGACCAGUACAACAUCGCCUGGUCGUCGGCGCACGAGGCGCUCGCGGACGUCGUGCCGCCGGAGGUCGUCCACUGCGGGCGGGCCGUCGCCGGCGCGACGGCGGCCGAGGGCGGCGUCGACGUCGCCUUCGUCGACGGGUCGAGCGUGCGCGCGAAGCUGCUCGUGGGCGCCGACGGCAUCGGGUCCAAGGUGCGGUCGCUCGUGGCGACGGGCGACGACGCGCCGCGCUACUCGGGCCAACUGCUCUGGAACGCCAUCGUCGACAGCGCGGCGCUGCCCCUGCACGGCCCCGGCGAGGUCUCCUUCGCGACGACGGGCGUCGACGGCCGCGCGAUCUUGGCCUUCGACGCGGGCGGGGGCAAGACGAGCUGGUACCUGACGCUGCCCGCGACCGAGGCGCCGCGGUCCGCGGCGGCCAUCGCCGACGGCUCCUUCGGCGGCUUCGGCCGCCCCGGGUCGACGGCGGACCUCGAGGCGUCCUUCGCCCGUUUUCCCGACGCGCUCGCGUGCCUCGCGGCGACGCCCCCGGCGGAGAUCUUCGAGCGGCGCCUCGGCGACCGGCCGCCGCUGGGCUCCUGGACCGGGCUCGACGGGCGCGUCGUCGUCAUCGGCGACGCGGCGCAUCCGAUGGUGCCCUCGCAGGGCCAGGGCACGAUGGUGACCUGGGAGGACGCGGCGGACCUCGCCGCGCUCGUCGCGGCCGAGGGCGCGUCGCCCGCGGCGACGAAGGCCUUCGCCGCGCGCCGCGGGAAGCGGUGCGACAUGGUGCAGAAAUAUAGCGCGGCGUCGUACAUGGGAAAAACGUCGCCGACGCGGCAGCCGCGCAAGAUUUUCAGCAUGCUCGGCAACUUCCGGCGGAUCAAGCAGAUGUACUCCUGGAAGCACACCCUCGACGAGCUGCCCGGGGAGCCCUUCGCGCGAUGGGCCUGGAGCGGCCCCGUGGUUCGCGACUGA